AUGGAAAGGGCUAUGAAGAGUCAAUUUCAGUAUCUAUUGAAAGCCCCGACUGUCAUUUUCUCAGGAACAAUAAUCCACCAGAUGUUGAUCAGGAAAAGCAGCUUCAAUUCGAAGGGAAUAAGUUUCUUAGUCAAUGGUCAGCAGCUUUACUGGGGCAUGAAGGAAUAUGCCUUGGUAACAGGCCUAAAUUUUGGAAGAUUUCCUGUGAUUGAAAACUGGCACGCUGAAGAAUGUCCACCCCUAGUCCAUAAAUACUUUGGUGGCAAAACAGUUGUUAAAGUGACAGAAGUUCAAAGUGUUUUCCUCAACUGCUCUGAGAAGGAGGAUGCAUGGAAGCUUGGGCUCAUCAACCUUAUUUACCAGUGUCUCUUUGGAUCUAAUAAUAGGAAGAGGGUAUGUUUGAAGCGCAUGCGACAGAUGCACUGUCGCCUGCGCCAGAUGCAAUUCCCGCCUGCGACAGAUGCAAUUCCUGCUAUUUCUUUUCAUGUUUUGUGCUUAAUUCAUUCGAUGCUCUGUGCUUACUUUAUUUUCUCGAAUCUGUCGCAGGAGAUAGAUGCAGCAUGUUACAUUCUUAAAAAAAGGGUUGCCAAUUUUCCCAAGACUUAUCAACCGAUGGAUUUCUCAAUAUGUGACUGUAAUGUCUCUACGAGGUUGUCGUUACGUUAUUCAAAGUUCUCCAAAAAUCCACAAACAUACAAAUUCGACGAUGACUUGAUGGAAUAUUUCAGGGGUGAUGAAGGAAAAUUGAUGACUUCUUGGAUGAUUGUAGAUAAGGUAUAUUUCCCUAUGAAUCUUAAUAUGAAGCAUUGGGUCCUUUGUGAGGUGCAACUACAAGAUUGGUGCAUCAAUGUUUAUGACUGCGAACAAGGAUUUAUCAAAAAGAAUCACUAUGACAAGUUCAUGAAACCACUAUGUGAAAUGAUUCCAUAUAUGUUUCUAUUUGGAACGACCGAGUUUGACAGGAUCAAGUAUCCUAAGUUCAGUUUGGAAGGAAUGUCAUAUGUUGUAAUACCACACCCAAGAGUCCCCAAGUGCACGAAGAGUGGAGACUGUGGUCUUUUUACAAUCAUGUAUUUGGAGUACCUUACUGCCAAAUUGGAUAUAUCAGCUGUGACAUCAGAGAACAUUGUUUUUUGGAGACAAAAAUGGGCAGUUAGGUUGUUCCACCAUAUAAUAGACCCAUAG